AUGGCGAGCAACCCCAUGUUCCAGUGGCCGGGGCAGCACCCGGAAGAUGAUGAGCCCGAAGAGAGGCAGAUCGGCGUGGACCCCUUCUCCCUCCGCCAGUUCUCCCGCCUCAACAUCGACAAGCCGCUGCCGAUCCCCUCCGUCUCCGUCGACGACCCCCCGCCGCCGCCGGCCCCGGCUCGCUACGCCAGCGCCAGCGCCAGCGUGCCGUGCUCCAGACAGGCCUCGCCGCGCCUCGGCUCGUCCGCGGCCGCCGCCGCGCCCACCAGGUGGGACGCGCACCUGGCUCUGGCCUCAGGCCACGACGCGAGAGCCGUCCUCCCCGCCGCCUGCCCCGCCUCCAGGGCGAUGUCGAGGAGCAAGUCCUGCGCCGAGCUGCUCUCCGACGCCGACAACGAGUUCGACGUGAUCCUCUCGUCCCCCGAGCGCAGGGCGAGCGCGCCGCAGCGGUGGGGCAGCGACGUGCCUCUCAUCGCGGACGCAAAGGGCGGCAGGAACAACAAGGGUCGGCGCAAGGGAAAUAAGCACGGGGCCGAAGCCCCGUUCGGCUGCUGCCUCUAUCUCCCGGGCCUCGCCAGGAGGACUGCUACUGGCAAGCCGUCGCCGGCGCCGCGCACGCCAGCGGCAUCCACUGCGGCGCGCGCUUCUUCACCGGGUUAUUUCUCCGCGACGCUCCGCGGCCCCGACGACGUCGUUGAUCAGCCGGAGCCGGCCGAUCAGUGCUGCUCCCGGCCGAGCACCAUGUCGCUGGCCGUGUCGAUGGAGGGCUUCGACUGCCGCUUCUCCUCGAGGUCCUCCAUGCGCUUCUCCUCGAGGUCCUCGACGGGCAUGGGCUUUGGCAUGGCCCAGCUCGACGGCGAGGAGGCCUCGUCGUCGAGCUACUUCGACCUCCCGAUGGAGCUCAUCAUGGGCUGCGACGGGGACGAGGAGGGCGAGCUGCCGGUGCACGCCGCGUUCCUCUUCGACAGCGACGGCAUACGGAAGAGCGUGCUCAGGAAGGGCGCGGGGCGCGUGGCGCGGCCGUCGUCUGCUGCUCAGGUGUCGGCUGUCGGCGACGCAUCCGGCGCAGGCAGGAUGUCAGCCCGACACGUGAGGUUCUCAGUGACGUCGGGGCCGGCACCCUCGACGCCGGCGGAUUCAUAG